AUGGAAAGUAUCAAACUCCGAUCGUAUACAUCGAGAGAUCUCACGCACGAUGGAAAGACGUUACUGCAAUCAAAUGGUGGCUGUGUUUCCAAGCGAAUCAUUCAUUAUCAAAAGAAAAAGGAAAAGGAUCUUAAGCUGGGAAUUCUUUCUGAAGCAGCCUCAAAUUUUGGAAAUGGUAUGAAGCAAAAGAAAGAGGAAUAA